AUGCAGAAAGGGAUCCGGCUGAACGAUGGCCACGUCGCGUCCCUGGGACUGCUGGCGCGCAAGGACGGCACACGCAAAGGCUACCUGAGCAAGCGGAGUUCGGACAACACAAAAUGGCAAACCAAGUGGUUCGCGCUGCUGCAGAAUCUGCUCUUCUACUUCGAAAGCGACUCAAGCUCUCGGCCCUCGGGGCUCUACCUGCUGGAGGGCUGCGUCUGCGACCGCGCGCCCUCCCCCAAGCCCACGGUCUCUGCUAAGGAGCCGGCUGAGAAACAGCAUUACUUCACAGUGAACUUCACCCAUGAGAACCAGAAGGCGCUGGAGCUGAGGACUGAGGAUGCAAAGGACUGUGACGAGUGGGUGGCAGCAAUCGCUCACGCCAGCUACAGGACACUGGCCACGGAACAUGAGGCGCUCAUGCAGAAGUACCUGCACCUGCUGCAGAUAGUAGAGACAGAGAAGACGGUGGCCAAGCAGCUGCGACAGCAGAUCGAGGACGGCCAGAUCGAGAUCGAGCGACUGAAGGCAGAGAUUGCAUCCCUGCUCAAGAACAAAGAACGCAUCCAGUCCACCCAGAUUGUCACCCCCAAUGACGAGGACAGUGACAUCAAGAAAAUUAAAAAGGUACAGAGCUUCCUUCGGGGCUGGCUGUGCCGGCGGAAGUGGAAGACCGUUAUCCAGGACUACAUCCGGUCUCCCCAUGCCGACAGCAUGCGCAAGAGGAACCAGGUGGUGUUCAGUAUGCUGGAAGCCGAGGCCGAGUACGUGCAGCAACUGCACAUCCUUGUCAAUAAUUUCCUGCGCCCACUACGCAUGGCGGCCAGCUCCAAGAAACCUCCCAUCACACACGAUGACGUCAGCAGCAUCUUCCUGAACAGUGAGACCAUCAUGUUCCUACAUCAGAUCUUCUACCAAGGCCUGAAGGCCCGCAUCUCCAGCUGGCCCACCCUGGUGCUGGCCGACCUGUUCGACAUCCUGCUGCCCAUGCUCAACAUCUACCAGGAGUUUGUCCGCAACCACCAGUACAGCCUCCAGAUCCUAGCGCACUGCAAGCAGAACCGGGACUUUGACAAGCUCCUCAAGCAAUACGAGGCCAAGCCGGACUGCGAAGAGCGCACGCUGGAGACCUUCCUCACCUACCCUAUGUUCCAGAUCCCCAGGUACAUCUUGACACUCCAUGAGCUGCUGGCCCACACACCUCAUGAGCACGUGGAGCGCAACAGUCUGGACUAUGCCAAAUCCAAACUAGAGGAACUUUCCAGGAUCAUGCACGAUGAAGUCAGUGAGACAGAGAACAUCCGGAAGAACCUGGCCAUCGAACGCAUGAUCAUCGAGGGCUGUGAGAUCCUCCUUGAUACCAGCCAGACCUUCGUGCGGCAAGGUUCCCUCAUCCAGGUGCCCAUGUCAGAAAAGGGCAAGAUCACCAGGGGGCGCCUGGGAUCACUGUCCCUGAAGAAAGAGGGUGAGCGGCAGUGCUUCCUGUUCUCCAAGCACCUCAUCAUCUGCACCAGAGGCUCCGGAGGGAAACUGCACCUGACCAAGAAUGGAGUCAUAUCGCUCAUCGACUGCACCUUAAUGGAGGAACCAGAAAACGCCGAGGAGGAAGCCAAAGGAACUGCCCCGGACAUAGACCACUUGGAUUUUAAGAUCGGAGUGGAGCCAAAGGAUUCCCCACCCUUCACAGUCAUCCUGGUGGCCUCAUCCAGGCAGGAGAAGGCAGCGUGGACCAGUGACAUCAGCCAGUGUGUGGAUAAUAUCCGGUGCAAUGGACUCAUGAUGAAUGCAUUUGAAGAAAACUCCAAGGUCACCGUGCCGCAGAUGAUCAAGUCCGAUGCCUCCUUAUAUUGUGACGACGUUGACAUCCGCUUCAGCAAAACCAUGAAUUCCUGCAAAGUGCUGCAGAUCCGGUACGCCAGUGUGGAGCGGCUGCUGGAGCGGCUGACAGACCUCCGCUUCCUGAGUAUCGACUUCCUCAACACCUUCCUGCACUCCUACCGUGUCUUCACCACUGCUGUGGUGGUCCUAGACAAGCUAAUCACCAUCUACAAGAAACCCAUCAGUGCCAUCCCUGCCAGGUCACUGGAGCUCCUGUUUGCCAGUGGCCAGAACAACAAGCUUCUGUACGGAGAGCCCCCCAAGUCACCUCGUGCCACGCGCAAGUUCUCCUCACCACCACCCUUGUCUAUCAAUACAUCAUCCCCAAGCCGCCGACGGAAGCUGUCCCUCAACAUCCCCAUCAUCACAGGCGGCAAGGCACUGGACCUGGCAGCACUCAGCUGCAGCUCCAAUGGCUUUACCAGCAUGCACUCACCCAUGUCUCCCUUCAGCAACAAGUCCGCGUUGGACACCAGCAAGCUCUGUAUGACCAGCAGUUUUACCAACAAGACUCCUGACAAAAAUGAUACAACUCCAGAGAAGCCUGAGGAGCCCUCAGCUCUUAACAAGCAGAGCUCAGAAGUCCCCGUGAAAGAAGAGUCUGAUGUGGACCAGAACCAGAGUGACGAGGGCGACAGGGAGGCGUCACCUACGAAAUCUCCAUCAACACCAAAAUCGGUCAAAAGCAAGAACUCUUCAGAAUUCCCACUCUUCAACUUCAACAAUGGAGUUGUGAUGACCUCAUGUCGUGAACUGGACAAUAACCGCACUGCCCUCUCAGCUUCAUCUGCCUUUGCCAUAGCCACGGCGGGAGCCAACGAGGGCACCCCAAACAAGGAGAAGUAUCAGUAUCGCAGGAUGUCCUUGGCCACCACAGGGUUUCCCCCUGACCAGAGAAAUGGCGACAAGGAGUUUGUGAUCCGCAGAGCUGCCACCAACCGUGUGCUGAAUGUGCUCCGCCACUGGGUCUCCAAGCACUCUCAGGACUUUGAAACCAACAGUAAGCUCAAAAGCAAGGUAAUCAGCUUCCUGGAAGAGGUCAUGCAUGAUCCAGAGCUGUUGACACAGGAGCGAAAGGCAGCAGCCAACAUCAUCAGGACUCUGACCCAGGAGGACCCAGGCGACAACCAGAUCACACUAGAAGAGAUCACACAGAUGGCAGAGGGCGUGAAAGCUGAGCCCUUCGAAAACCACUCAGCCAUGGAGAUAGCAGAGCAGCUGACCCUGCUGGAUCACCUCGUCUUCAAGAAGAUUCCUUAUGAGGAGUUCUUCGGACAGGGCUGGAUGAAGGUAGAGAAAAACGAAAGAACGCCUUAUAUCAUAAAAACCACCAAGCAUUUCAAUGACAUCAGUAACUUGAUUGCUUCAGAAAUUAUCCGAAAUGAGGAUAUCAAUGCAAGGGUGAGCACCAUUGAGAAGUGGGUAGCUGUGGCUGACAUAUGCCGCUGCCUGCACAACUACAAUGCUGUGCUGGAGAUCACCUCCUCCAUGAACCGCAGUGCAAUCUUCCGACUCAAAAAGACGUGGCUCAAAGUUUCUAAGCAGACGAAAGCUUUGAUUGACAAACUCCAAAAGCUUGUGUCAUCAGAGGGCAGAUUUAAGAACCUCAGAGAAGCCCUGAAAAAUUGUGACCCACCCUGCGUCCCUUAUCUGGGGAUGUACCUCACUGACUUGGCCUUCAUCGAGGAGGGGACACCCAAUUACACAGAGGAUGGCCUGGUCAACUUCUCCAAGAUGAGGAUGAUCUCCCAUAUUAUCCGAGAAAUUCGCCAGUUUCAACAGACUGCCUACAAAAUUGAACACCAGGCAAAGGUAACUCAGUACUUACUGGAUCAAUCUUUUGUAAUGGAUGAAGAAAGUCUCUAUGAGUCUUCUCUCCGAAUAGAACCAAAACUCCCCACCUGA